AGUUAAGUUUGCUUUUAAACUUUAUCAACUUAUCAAGUCAGUGAUCGAGGAGGCAAGAAAAUUGAAUAAGGAUAAAUUGAUUUGAACCGUUGUAAUUGAGAGGACGGGUUAUCCACAACUCCAUUUUCAAAUUUGUUACGAAUUUUACAUGGAUUUCAAAAUUGAUCCGUCUUUGAACUUAGCUUUUGCCACUUCCAAUCCUAUUCUUUGUGAUAUUGGUUGGCUUGAUCUCCAUGCACGUCCGAUUGAUUGAUUGGUUGCUACGGUACGUAGAUGGCAGUGGAGGAAUAAACCCGACGAGAUCUAGAAGCUCAAGAAGAAUGCAAACACUCUGAAAAUCAAUAUCUUGGAGCUCCUUUCGAACUUGAAUUAUUUUCCAGAGAUGGACGGCCACAUCAAUGGCAACAACACCAAGCUGACCGGGAUCCGCCAGAUCGUUAGGCUGAGGGAGAUCCUCCACAAGUGGCAGACCGUCACGCUCGGCGGCUCGUCGAGAUCCAACGGCCGCGGGAUCGCCCCGGCGAUCAACAACAGAGUGGCGAGCAUCAUCAGGAACGGUGACUCCGACGAGGAAGGUGGAGGAGGAGGAGGUUGCCCUAGCCCUCAUGACGAGCCGCCUUCGGACGUUCCCAAGGGUUACCUGGCGGUCUACGUCGGGCCGGAGCUUCGGAGGUUUAUCAUUCCGACGGCAUACCUGAGCCACUCCUUGUUCAAGGUGCUGCUGGAGAAGGCCGAGGAGGAGUUUGGGUUCGACCAUAGCGGCGGGCUCACCAUUCCUUGCGAGAUCGAGACCUUUAAGUUUCUCUUGAAAUGUAUAGAGCAUCAUCCCAAGGACCACAAUACUGCAGGCGACGACGUUGAAGAUCAAGCCGCAAGUAAGUAAUUAUUCGUUUAUCCUUGUAUUUUUCAGAGAUUGAUAGACAGUCAAAUGACACACAAGAUAACUAGACAGUCAUACAAGUAGAUUGGGAAUAUGUAGAUAGAGUAAGACGAUACUUAGGUGUCACGUAGUUGUAAUUAGGUGGAGGUAGUGGCUGUCGUCAUAUUGCAAACGGAAUGGGGUCCUUAAAAAAAUUAACGACAUUAAAGUGCAUGUACUAAUGGGUUUUGAGUUUAUUGGAGCCCUUAGGUACGACAAAUUUCGUUGUGAGUAUGAAGUCCUAUAUUUACAAAAUCAUAUUUAUCUAAUGAAUCUUUUUCCAAAAU